GUGAAGAAAAUGAAGAUGUGUUAGUAAAGAAAACAUGACAUUUCAGGGAGAACAAUUAUGAAAUGUGGUGGAAUGGUUGAGUGACUGGUUAGAAUGUUUCCUCGGCUGCCCAAGUUACCUCGCAGGGUGCUCUUAGCUGUGGCGUACGUCUAUUGUUUGUUAAUAAUGGUUAACCGGCUCAGUGACGUCAGACAGGAGACAGAGGACCAGUGGGAGGCUCUCCGCCAGGACUUCGUGGCCCGCGCCGCUCGGGUGCGGGCUGGGUGCUCCUCCAACCCCCCGCGCCCCAGCAAGCUCCAGCAGCACGCCCUCGACGCCGCCCACGUCAGCGCCCACCUCUCCACCCACUAUCACAACAUGCACCUCAAGGCAGCCCUUAAAGAUAUAAUUUACCUCCCAAAGCAUAACCUCUCCUGGUGCCUCGUUCCCAAGGUGGCGUCGACGUCUUGGUGCAAGGCGCUGCUCGACCUCCAGGGCAUCACUGGGGACGAGUACAGCUACCCUCCUCUACAGGUCGUCCUCAGGCAGGCCUUCAGGCCGGUGGAGCCGUCACGAGUGAACACUACCAUCAACGCCUCCCUCAAGUUCCUCUUCGUUCGGCACCCGUUCCAGCGCCUCGUUUCAGCUUACAGGAACAAGCUGGAGGACUCGAACCUACAGGAGGACGGCGCCUACUUCUACAAGAACUACGGCAGACGCAUCGUACAGAGGUUCAGGAAGAGCAAGCUGGACGUGCGAUCAGUACAAGCAAAUGAAGAGAUUAAAACCCUAGGACAAGGAGAAUUAUCCGGCAAAAAAGGACAAGGAAUUGACGGCGUAGGAGGAAAAGGAGAAAUCAAGAAGGAUUUCAUCAAAACGGAGGAGAAAAUAGAGGAGGAUUACGUGGAGUACAGGAAGGAGCCCACUUUUGAGGAGUACGUCGACUACCUCAUCGACACAGAUGUCGACAGCUACGACGAACACUGGAAACCUAUCUCGCGUCACUGUCACGUCUGCGAGUUCCCCUUCGACUACAUCAUCAGGUACGAGAACUUCAGCGACGAGAUCAAGUACUUGGUGAGGGUGCUGCAGGAGGGCGGGAGGCUGCCCGCCAAGUUCCACCUGCAGUGGGAGAACCGAGGAGGGACAGACGAGGACACGACAGCCAGGUACCUGAGCCAGGUCACUCAACACAAACUAUGGCUCCUCUACGAGAAAUACCACCAGGAUUUCUUAUAUUUUGGCUACACAAUUGACGAUUAUAUUCGGUCAUGAUGUGGCUUCCCACUCUCGUCGACAGGAAGCCCGAUUAGGUUUAAGCUCCAUCUAGGCCAACGGUUAACCUUUCGCAGGAUGCAAAUCACAACAGCCGCUUAACUCAACUGUACCAACUUACUGCUGGGUGAACAGAGACACAGAGCUGCGCCAAAAUAAUAAAAAUAAUGCUUGUUCAAAAGAAUGUGUACAAAGAACAUAAAAGUAAUGUCUAACUGUAAGAACAGGAAAUACACAUACUAAUGAAGCCACCAUUACAAAAUGUCUCGCCUCUGUAACCCGUCGUCCUAAUAGCACGUCGCAUUUUGACGUAUAGUCUACCUAAGGCCAAAAAUCGUCGUACUAGAAAAUGGAAGCGGCUGGCGAUUUUGACGGACUGUCCCGUUUUCUGUUGUGGGUCCUCUGGUAGUUUAGGAUAAGGCCAUUUUAGUACGACAGUUUCUUGACGUUCGGGAACCUUAGGAGGACGGCCGGGCUACGUCCCGAGCGGGAACUGAACACCAGACGUACUGGUUGGGUACCAAAAAUUAAUUGAUGUUAAUGAGAAAAGAAUAAAUAUUUAUGAGCACUUUAAA